AUGGUCGACUACUACCAACAGCCGCCCUCUUACCAUCAACCGGGCUACGACUAUACCCAACAAGAGGAGGAAUGGGAUCGUGAAGGACUUCUCGAUCCAGCAUGGGAGAAGCAACAGAAGAAGACCUUCACCGCCUGGUGCAACUCUCACCUUCGCAAAGCUGGCACUUCAAUCGACACAAUUGAAGAAGACUUCAGAAAUGGUCUCAAACUUAUGCUUCUUCUCGAAGUCAUUUCUGGAGAACCACUUCCAAAACCAGAUCGUGGAAAGAUGAGAUUCCACAAGAUUGCCAAUGUGAACAAGGCUCUCGAGUACAUCGAAUCCAAAGGAGUCAAAUUGGUUUCGAUUGGAGCCGAAGAAAUUGUGGAUGGAAAUGUCAAGAUGACUCUUGGUCUCAUCUGGACCAUUAUUCUGAGAUUCGCCAUUCAAGAUAUUAACGUUGAAGAGCUCUCUGCUCGUGACGGUCUUCUUCUGUGGUGUCAACGUAAGACUGCUCCAUACAACAAUGUGAAUGUGCAGAACUUCCACAACUCGUGGAAGGAUGGUCUCGCCUUCUGCGCUCUUAUUCAUCGUCAUCGUCCAGAUUUGUUGGAUUACAGCCAACUGCACAAGGGAGACCCAAUUCACAACUUGAAUUUGGCUUUCGAUAUUGCUGAAAAGCAUCUUGACAUUCCAAGAAUGUUAGACGCAGAGGAUUUGGCCAACUCACAACCCGACGAGAAAGCAGUGAUGACCUAUGUUUCAUGUUACUACCAUUAUUUCAGUGGAAUGCGUAAGGCUGAAACCGCUGCCAACCGUAUCUGCAGAGUAUUGAAAGUCAACCAAGAGAAUGAAAAGAUGAUGGAGGAUUAUGAGAACUUGGCUUCUGACCUCCUCGCCUGGAUCAACCGUUGGAUGCCGUGGCUCGCCAACCGUUCCACUGAUGACACCCUUCGGCAGGCUCAACAAAAACUCGAAGAUUACCGUAACUAUCGUCGUAGUGAGAAACCUCCACGGAUCGAAGACAAGGGGCGUCUUGAGACUCUUUUCAAUACUCUCCAGACCCGUCUUCGUCUCUCGAAUCGUCCAGCUUUCUGCCCACGUGACGGACAUUUGGUCAAAGAUAUCAACGCCGCCUGGGCAGGUCUUGAAGAUUCUGAGAAAGGAUUCGAAGAGUGGCUUUUGUCCGAAAUCAUGAGACUCGAACGUUUGGAACACCUCGCUGAGAAGUUCCGUCGUAAGUGUGCUCUUCACGAGGAAUGGGCUCAUGGAAAGGAAGAUGCUCUCCGUAGCAACGACUGGAGAAGUUGUGGACUUUACAAGAUCAAGGCUCUUCGCAAGAGACACGAGGCUUUUGAAAGUGAUCUUGGAGCACACCAAGAUCGCGUUGAGCAGAUUGCUGCUAUCGCCAGAGAGCUCAACAAUCUCCGUUAUCCGGAUAUUGGACCAAUCAAUGCUCGUUGCCAAGCAAUCUGCUCUCAAUGGGAUCGUCUUGGACAGCUCUCCUCGAAGAGACGUGAAACUCUUGAAGAUGCUGAACGUAUUGCUGAACGCCUUGAUUCUCUCUAUUUGGACUUUGCCAAACGUGCUGCUCCGUUCAACAACUGGCUCGACGGAGCUCGUGAAGAUCUUGCCGAUUUGGUGAUUGUUCAUGAAAUGCGUGAAAUUGAAGAACUCGUCAGCGCCCAUGAUCAGUUCAAGUCCACUUUGGGAGAUGCUGAUCGCGAAUUCUCGAGCAUUAACCAAAUCGAACACGAAGUUGAACAUCUUGUUACUUCUCAUGGACUCGAUCGCGAACUUCUCCGUAAUCCAUACACUGAUCUUUCCGCUUCGGACAUUCGCAGAAAAUGGGGAGAGGUUCAGAGCUCCGUCCCAAGAAGAGACUCCCAACUUCAAUCAGAGCUCAAGAGACAACAAAACAACGAACGUCUCCGUACCAUCUUCGCCGAGAAGGCCAACCAGGUCGGACCAUGGCUUGAGCGUGAGCUUGAACAGGUUCUUGCCAUCGGACUCGGAGGACGUGGACGCCUUGAGGACGCCAUUCAACAGCUUCGUUCCAUCCAGAGAAACGUCCUCGGAUACAAAUCAAACCUUGAUGAGCUCGAACGUAUCCAUCAAGAGAUGCAAGAGAACUUUGUCUUCGAAAACCGUAAAUCUCGUUACUCAAUGGAAUCGCUUCGUGUCGGAUGGGAAACUCUUCUCACCAGUAUUAACAAGACGAUAAACGAAUUCGAGAAUCAAGUUUUGCUCCGUGACAGCAAGGGAAUCAGUGAAGAGCAAAUCGCUGAGUUCCGUGCUUCAUUCAGUCACUUUGACAAGGAACGCGCUGGUUUGGACCCUGAGCAAUUGAGAGCUUGUCUGAUUUCCGUUGGAUACACCAUCAGACCAGGACGUGAAGGAGAUGCGGAACUUCAUCGUGUUUUGGCACAUGUCGAUCCAAAUCGUAUGGGACGUGUACCAUUUGAGGCCUUCCUUGAUUUCAUGACCAAAGAGAAUUCAGACCAGGAUACUGUAGAGCAAAUGAUCGACUCAUUCAGAAUACUCGCAUCUGGAAAGACAUUCAUCACUGCCGAGGAACUGGAACGCGAGUUGCCACGUGAUCAAGCUGCUUACUGUAUGGCACGAAUGGCUCCAUCACGAGAGCCAGGAGCCCCACCAAGAUCGUUCGAUUAUGUGACAUUCAGUCGUAGUCUUUACUCUCAAUAA